GCUAUAGCUAGCAGAAACCAAGCUGGCCAGAAUCAAGAUCCUUAUCUUUAAGACAAUUAUGCAAAUUGCUUCAUAUCUUUCAAGUAGACUGGCUGCUUAACAUGAAGGAUAUUCUAGUUCUCGUGUUAAUCUUUUCAGCCCAAGCUCCUAGAGUAGCGUCGCUGCUAGCCAGAAAUGUCGUGACUGCUAAGAUAAGUUUGCACAACACUAUCGAUUCGGGUACAUGUGGGCUGAGACCGACGCUGCCAGACAAUGGAACCCAAGAACUUAAUACCAGAGUUGUGGGCGGUUUCGAAUCUGUUAGGAACUCGUGGCCUUCUAUAUGUAGUUUACGACACAGCCAAUACCCAGAUUCACAUUUCUGUGGAGCUGAUCUGAUCAAGAAUUUGUAUGGGGAUUACUUCAUGAUUACUGCAGCUCAUUGUGUACAAAAUAACAAUCAAUCUAGCCAGUACUUGGCCUUCUGUGGCGUACACAAUGUCUCGAGCAGAACUGAGCCUCACAGAAUCAAAGUGGAGUUUUCUAAUCUCCGUAUACACCCAUUUUUUAAUCACACGACAUUGGAUUACGACGUGGCGAUAUUCAGCAUAUCGACUUCUGUACCAACAAAUGAAUUCAUCUCUCCCGUGUGCUUGCCUUAUGAAGACAUGUUGGUCGGGGAAAAGGCCAUUGUCGUUGGCUGGGGUAGUCUACGCCCAGAGACCCCACACGCUCGCGUCCUGCACCAGGUUACUGUCCCAAUCAUGCCUCGGGAAACCUGCCAGAGCAUGUACGCUGCUGAUGCGGUGAUCACUGACAGGAUGUUCUGUGCUGGCUUGAGAUCUGGUGGAAUCGAUGCUUGCGACGGCGAUAGCGGUGGUCCACUUUAUAGUUACAGAUUGAACGAAUGGAACCUAAUAGGUAUCGUAAGCUGGGGCUAUGGAUGUGCCGACCCUGGUUACACCAGUGUCUACACUGACGUCAUGGUUGUCCGAGACUGGAUCAAUCGCAUCAUAAAUUAUUUGCCGGACGAUAUAAUUGGAUAAGGGUCUUACUACUGUCAUUUCUACACAAAUAUUGUACACAAAUAAAAAUAUUGAGAAACAACAA